AUGCAGAUGUACCAAAGGCUCGGCUGGUUCCUCCUCUCCACAACAUGGCUCCUGUGUACAUUUGCUGUAGAAGUGUGCGCCUCCUCGGGCUCCAAGUUAGGCUGCAGGUUACCCAGCGAGGAGAUAACCGGCUACAUGAGCCGCCCCGGAGAUAUUUUUAUAGCAGGAACUUUUCCAGUUAAUUUGGAGAGAGUCUACAUUGACCUCAACUUCACGAGAAAACCCCCUGAGCUGACCUGUCAGCAGUUUGGGAGUGAGUAUUAUAAGAGCAUGAGGGCCCUGGUAUUCGCUGUGGAAGAAGUCAACGCAAACCCAGAAAUCCUUCCCAACAUUACUCUGGGCUACCACAUCUUUGACACGUGCAACACGUUAAGGCGAGCGGCACAAGGGACCCUCUGGAUCCUGUCCGGUGGGCAAGAAAUUAUUCCAAAUUAUUAUUGUGCAGGAGGGGACCCACUUGCUGGUGUAAUAGGAGAAUGUGGCUCGACACCUUCUAUUAUAAUGGCCCAAAUCUUGGGAUUGUACCGAUAUCCACAGAUCAGCUACUUUGCAACCAACCCUAUUCUCAGCGAUCGCAGCCAGUUUCCGUCCUUUUUCCGAACUAUUUCUAGCGAUGACAUUCAAAUGAGAGGUCUGGCCCAGCUGAUCUCAUAUUUUGGUUGGUCGUGGGUUGGUCUCUUGGCAAACGAUGAUGACUAUGGUCAAUCUGGACUUCAAAUGGCGAAGCAGGAGAUAAUAAAUGCAGGAGCUUGCGUGGCCUUUGCUGAAAAUAUCUUGAUUGGCAAGGAAGAUAAGAACGCUCCUUACCUUGCCCGGGUCAUAAAAAAGUCCAAUGCAAAGGUUGUCCUAGUAAUAGCCUCCGAUUCUGACUUUCUGAUUGUAGUGACAGAGCUUUUGAGACAGAACGUGACUGGCAAUAUCUGGGUGGCCACUGAAGGUUGGGCGACGUCAACUCUGCUCUCAGAAGAAAAAUUUCAAAGAGUGCUGGAGGGCACUAUCGGUUUCGCCAUACACGGUGCUCAAAUGCAGAAGUUUACCGAGUACCUAAGCAACCUCCUACCAUCUCAAAGUGUUAAUGAUCCAUUCAUAUGGGAAUACUGGGAGAAAACCUUCUUGUGUAAAUGGUCCUACCAAGGGAAUUUAGAAUGGGCUGGCAAUGCUACAACGCGACUUCUCCACUACGUACAAAAUGUCAACUUCAAGACCAAAGAUGGAAGCAACAUGUUUUUCAAUGCAAAAGGGAACCCUCCGGCUGUCUAUGACAUAGUGAACUGGCGUCUGGGUGCCAAGGGCAGGCUGGAGCAGGUGGUGGUUGGGAGAUACGACUUGACUUCACCAGAUCAGGAGACUUUGAAUGUAGACAAAAAGGCUAUUACAUGGGCCAAUGAGGAAACUCAGGUUCCUCUAUCCAAGUGCAGCCCAAGUUGUCCCUCAGGAUUUAGGAAGGUGAUUGUACCAGGAAAGCCAACUUGCUGCUAUGAGUGUGCCCGGUGUCCCCAUGGACACAUUUCAAGCCAGACAGAUGCUGUGGAAUGUCAUCCAUGUUCCUGGGACACGUGGCCCAAUCUACAGCAGGACAGAUGCCUACCAAGGACUAGAGAGUUCCUUUCCUAUGAAGAACCUUUGGGGUACAGCUUAGCAGCCAUUUCCAUCUUGUCUUCUCUAAUUGCACUUGUUAUUCUGGGACUUUUUAUUCAAUAUAAGAGAACACCAAUAGUCCGAGCCAACAACUACUCCCUUAGCUGCCUUCUCCUGCUUUCCCUGUUCCUCUGUUUCCUUUGCUCUUUAGGGUUCAUUGGUUACCCACAACCUGAAAAGUGCCUUCUGCGCCAGGUGGCAUUUGGGUUGGUUUUUGCCCUCUGCAUCUCCUGUGUUCUGGCCAAAACCAUAAUUGUUGUCAUUGCCUUUAAAGCAACCAAACCCGGCAGCAGGUUAAGAAAAUGGACACGAGUAAGGGUGUCCUACUGGAUCAUUGGGUUUGGUGUAUUUAUUCAAUCAUUUCUGUGUGUACUGUGGCUGCUCUUUUCUCCUCCCUUCCCUGAGACUGACACUGACACCAAACCCGGAGUCAUUAUACUCAACUGCAAUGAAGGAUCACCUAUUUCUUUCUGGUGCAUGCUGGGAUACCUUGGCCUUUUGGCCGCCAUUAGUUUCAUUGUUGCCUUCCUGGCCAGACGCCUCCCUGACAGUUUCAAUGAAGCCAAAUUUAUCAUAUUCAGUAUGUUGGCUUUCCUCAGUGUGUGGGUGUCCUUUAUCCCAGCCUAUCUCAGUGCCCGGGGCAUGUAUACUGUGGCAAUGGAGGUCUUUGCCAUCCUGUCUUCCACCUGGGCUGUGCUGGUUUGUAUCUUCAUGCCAAAAUGUUACAUUGUAUUAUUCCGUCCCAACUUAAACUCCAGGAAAUAUCUCAUGUCAAAUGGCAGAAGUGCCAGUAACGUUGAAAUAGUCUUAAAUGGUCAUGCCGAUAAGCCGUCAUGA